AUGAGUUUCAGCUUCGUUGCCCCGACCUGGGUAACCUUUCUGCGGCAUCCCAACUGCAAGAAUUUGUCGUUGGCGCUGUGCGUCAUGCUCUGCCCUCACGUCUUGGUGGGGCUCAUCAUGCCCACGGUCGUAGGUGGCGUGCUUUUGUUCUUCACCACCGCCUGGCCCUACUUCCUGGGUUGCUGGAGAAUUCACGCCCGCGCAAGGGCCGAGAGCUCCUCCCGAGUGAGCACCUUUCGUGCGGGUGGCAGCGUCGCCGCGUCCACGUCGUCCCCAGCGGCUCCUGCGGCACAGCAUAUACCGGUGGUGGAGGCCACAGUGGUGGGUGUGUCCGAACCCAACAACCACACCAACAAUGAGAGCAACGAAACCGCGAAGGUGGUUGAAGCUCAAAGUGUCUUUGCCAAAGAUGCAGGAAUAGAUCAAGUCCUGUGGUGA